AUGGCCUCCAAGGCGAUGUGGGAGGUCGACCCGGAGACCAGAGCCAAGCUCGCUCAGAUAAGUAAAAAAGAGGGUGCAGCAAACGAUAAGUGCUGCGACUGCGGCGCCCCUUCACCGCAAUGGGCCUCUCCCAAAUUCUCCACCUUCAUUUGCCUGCAAUGCGCCGGUACACACCGCGGAUUGGGGGUGCACGUGUCCUUCGUCCGGUCCGUGUCGAUGGACGCCUUCAAGCAAGGCGAAAUCCUACGCAUGCAAUACGGCGGGAACAAAGCGUGGCAGGACUUUUUCACCAAGAACUCACCCAUCCCGUUUGACGAAUGCACCAUCAAAGAGCGCUACGACUCCGAAAUCGGCGAGGAGUGGAAAGAGCGGCUGAGCGCGCAGGUAGAGGAGAGGGAGUUCGAUAAAGCGGCUUUCCUCAAAGAGCGACAGGCCAUCAAGGAGAGGCAAGCAGCCCGGUCAGCCACGCCUGCGGCGGCCGGCGCUAGAAAUAGCAGUGCAAAUGGCCAGGGCGGACGGACAUCCUCUCCUGCGCCAGGACGAGGGCCCGGCAUAUCAGCUGAGCAAAAAGCACAAAACGAGGCCUACUUUGCGAAGAUGGGCGAGGCCAAUGCCUCGAGACCAGACACCCUCCCACCCAGCCAGGGUGGGAAAUAUGGCGGUUUCGGCAGUGGCCCGGUCGAGACGCAGUCAUCGAGCGGUGGCAUACCCAGUGCCGAUGACUUCUCGAAAGACCCAGUGGCUGCGUUGACAAAGGGCUUUGGCUGGUUCUCGGCAGCUGUGGGAAAGCAGGCCAAAAUCGUGAAUGACUCGUAUAUCCAGCCGACGGCUAAGAAUCUUGCAUCUUCAGACCUUGCUGCACAAGCACGCACCGCGGCCCUGGCUGCUGGAAAGAACAUCCAGACCGGCGCCAAAGGUGCGGCCGAGUCAUUCAACAAGUUCGUCGAGGGCCAGGACGAAAAGGCCAGCGCUGCGGCAAGACGGGUGGAACCUGAACGCAAGGAUUUCUGGGACAGUUUUGGCAUGGGCGCGAGUGGCGCACCGAAGCCCGCCAGCAGUAUCGGCACGAGUGCGAUGAAAAAGACUCCCGGUGCGUCGCAGAAGUCCAAAGAUGACGGUUGGGGGGAUGACUGGUAG